GUUGGCCAUUUUGUUUAUUAGUGAAACUGACUUUGACGUGUACGGGCUAAAAAACACAUCCAAAAGGCAAAGUAAUUUAAUUACUAUUUAAUUGUAGGCUUAAAAUACAAAAAAAACACAUAAGCAAAGAUGCGCGAGUGCAUAUCGAUCCACGCGGGGCAGGCGGGCGUGCAGAUCGGCAACGCGUGCUGGGAGUUGUACUGCCUCGAGCACGGCAUCCAGCCCGACGGCCAGAUGCCCAGCGACAAGACGGUGGGCGGCGGCGACGACUCGUUCAACACGUUCUUCAGCGAGACUGGCGCGGGCAAGCACGUGCCGCGCGCCGUGUUUAUCGACCUCGAGCCCACCGUGGUGGACGAGGUGCGCACGGGCACGUACCGCCAGCUGUUCCACCCCGAGCAGCUCAUCACCGGCAAGGAGGACGCGGCCAACAACUACGCGCGCGGACACUACACCAUCGGCAAGGAGAUCGUGGACCUGGUCCUGGACCGGGUCCGCAAGCUGGCCGACCAGUGCACGGGCCUGCAGGGCUUCCUCAUCUUCCACUCGUUCGGCGGCGGCACCGGCUCCGGCUUCGCGUCGCUGCUCAUGGAGCGCCUCUCCGUCGACUACGGCAAGAAGUCGAAGCUGGAGUUCGCCAUCUACCCGGCGCCGCAGAUCUCCACGGCCGUGGUGGAGCCCUACAACUCGAUCCUCACGACGCACACGACGCUGGAACACUCGGACUGCGCCUUCAUGGUGGACAACGAGGCCAUCUACGACAUCUGCCGGCGGAACCUGGACAUCGAGCGGCCCACGUACACCAACCUGAACCGGCUCAUCGGCCAGAUCGUGUCCUCCAUCACGGCGUCGCUGCGCUUCGACGGCGCGCUCAACGUGGACCUGACGGAGUUCCAGACGAACCUCGUGCCCUACCCGCGCAUCCACUUCCCGCUGGUGACGUACGCGCCCGUCAUCUCGGCCGAGAAGGCGUACCACGAGCAGCUGUCGGUGGCCGAGAUCACCAACGCGUGCUUCGAGCCCGCCAAUCAGAUGGUGAAGUGCGACCCGCGCCACGGCAAGUACAUGGCAUGCUGCAUGCUGUACCGCGGGGACGUGGUGCCCAAGGACGUGAACGCGGCCAUCGGGACGAUCAAGACGAAGCGGACGAUCCAGUUCGUGGACUGGUGCCCGACGGGGUUCAAGGUGGGCAUCAACUACCAGCCGCCGACGGUGGUGCCGGGCGGGGACCUGGCCAAGGUGCAGCGCGCGGUGUGCAUGCUGUCCAACACGACGGCCAUCGCCGAGGCGUGGUCGCGGCUGAACCACAAGUUCGACCUGAUGUACGCGAAGCGCGCCUUCGUGCACUGGUACGUGGGCGAGGGCAUGGAGGAGGGCGAGUUCUCGGAGGCGCGCGAGGACCUGGCGGCGCUGGAGAAGGACUACGAGGAGGUCGGCAUGGACUCCGGCGAGGGCGAGGGCGAGGGAGGGGAGGAGUACUAGUUAACACCUUUUAGAUGAUUUAUUUUUAGGAUCUACCUACUCAUUGUUUUUGCUAAGGUCUAAUGUUUAAUUAUAUUGUAUUGUUGUAAUUACUUUAAUUGUUAUGAUACCGGUGCUUUUUGGUAAUGCUGAGAUAAAUAUACAAGUGUGAUAUAUCUAAA